AUGAAGUGGCUUUAUUUUGCUCUGCACAUUAUAUUUUGGUUACCAGGUUUUUUGGCUACUUUGAAUCCUUAUAAACACAGUUUGGAUUUGCUUAAUAAAGAACCUUACUCGGGAUAUUAUACAAAAAACGAGGCAGCUUUUGUCGAAGAACUAUGGUUAGACCAAAAAGUUGACCAUUUUGUUAGGGACAACACUCAAACUUGGAAAAUGCGGUAUUUUCGUAACGCCAAGUAUCACAAGCCCCAAGGACCCAUCUACAUAUUUGUAGGAGGCGAAUGGACCAUCAGUCCAGGAUUAAUGAGCACUGGCUUAACCCACGACAUGGCAGUGGAAAACUCGGGCAUGCUCUUCUACACAGAACAUCGCUAUUAUGGAUUGAGUUUACCUUUUGGGAAAGAGAGUUUUAAGCUGGAAAACCUUAAGCAACUAAAUCUUCAUCAAUCAUUAGCUGACUUGGCUCACUUUAUACGCCAUCAAAAGUCGGAAAACCCUGAAAUGAGAGACUCCAAAGUCAUUUUGGUUGGUGGCUCUUAUUCGGGAAGCUUGGUGGCCUGGAUGACUCAACUGUAUCCGGAAUUAAUAGCUGCCAGUUGGGCUUCUAGUGCUCCAUUAUUGGCCAAGGCAGAUUUUUAUGAGUACAUGGAAGUGGUCAGUCAAUCUAUUGAUUUGACAUAUGGAAGAAAUUGCUCAUUGCGAAUGGAAAAUGGCUUCAAACAUCUGGUUAAGUUAUUUAAUGACAAUGAAAUUGAGGAACUACUGUAUCAAUUUAAUAGCUGUGAAGAUUACAAUCCCGAGGAUCCUUUGGAUAGGGCAGCCUUCUUCAAUGGUCUGGGAAACUAUUUUGCUUUGAUUAUUCAAAGUUAUAGCGCUUACAUACCCCGUCUUUGUGAGAAUUUAAUGUCUUUAGAUUCCAAUGAUGAAGUCGGUUUUCUAAAAUUCUUGGAACUGCUUUACUCAGAAGGCAGGCGCUCUAGUGACUGCCAGGACUUUGGCUACUCUUCCAUGCUGGAACUUUUCAGUGAGGAUGCAGAUCAAAGUUCGGAAACUCGAGCGUGGUUCUAUCAGACUUGCAAUGAAUUUGGUUGGUACACAACCACAAAAUCGCCAAAUGCCACUACAGAAACCUUUGCCAAUCAGGUGACCUUGUACUACUUCGAAAAACUUUGCCAGGAUGCGUUCGGAGUGGAGCAGACGGCCCAGAAAUUGGCCCAGGGCGUUGAACAGACGAAUAGCAAAUUCGGCGGAUACGCGUUCAAUCAGAGUGAGCGUUAUGCUCAGGUAAUCUUUACGCAUGGCCAGCUGGAUCCGUGGCGUGCUUUGGGCCAGCAAACGGGCCAACAGGCUAUUGUCCUGACGGGGUACUCGCAUGUGGAGGAUUUGGCCAGCAUCCGGAUAACGGACAACGUUCAGAUGAAUCUGGCCAAGCUGCGUGUUAUGUCCUUUCUGCGACGCCACAUAUGA